UAACAGGAAGCAAAGCACUUCACCCACUUUUUUCGAACGUGCUUUUCUCCUUCUCUCUCCCUUAGCUUCCUCAGCCUCGGCCUUGUGUUCCGGAGGACAGGAGAGCAUAAGAUUCUCGCUCUCGGGAAUCUUGGAAGACUUUCUCGGAAACCAAACACGCUCUACGCCACUCUCUACUCAAGUUUCAGCCUUCUUCUGUGAGGUUCGCCGGAUCUGGAUCACAACAAGCCACGCCACCCGGACUGCUAGCCGGAUUCGGUGGCAGUCAUGGCGGAACCGACGGACAAUAGACGGAGCUCUUCGGGGAUUUCCGGAGAGGUUCCGGUGAGAAUCGAGGAAGAAACUGGCGGCGGAAGUAGCGGGAAUAGUGUAGAAUUGGAGAGUACAGCGGCCAGAGGCCACGGUGGCAGUAGCUCUACAGGAAUUUCUAGCGAGAGUUUGUCUAAAGGGAACACAUUACCGGUGGAGAUAUCAUCGAAGACUGAAAAAGUAGAAUCAAAUUCAGGUCCGCCUAAGCUGGAAAGAUCAAAAACUGACAGCACCAGACAUCAAAAUAUAUUGCCCAAAGACGCGGCAAGGAUUUUUGACGACAAAAUUUCGGUACACCAGAAGCUUAAGAUAUUAAACAGAAUAGCUACCGUGAAAGAUGAUGGGACCGUAGAAUUUGAAGUUCCAGGGGAUGUUGAACCUCAGUCUCUUGGUCGUGGGUACAAAGCUGCUCCAACUGAAGCUGCCGAUGAUGAACCUCUUGAUGAAGCAGAUCUUGAAUACAUACCCCCAAUGCAAAUAGUAAUGCUUAUUGUCGGAACGCGUGGAGAUGUGCAGCCAUUUAUUGCAAUUGGCAAACGUUUGCAGGACUAUGGCCAUCGUGUAAGACUAGCUACUCAUUCAAAUUUCAAAGAGUUUGUCUUGACUGCUGGUCUGGAGUUUUACCCUUUAGGCGGCGAUCCAAAAGUCCUUGCUGGUUAUAUGGUUAAAAAUAAAGGCUUCCUGCCAUCAGGGCCUUCUGAGAUUCCUAUUCAGCGUAAUCAAAUGAAGGAAAUUAUAUACUCCUUACUUCCAGCUUGCAAAGAGCCUGAUAUGGAUUCUGGCAUCUCGUUUAAAGCUGAUGCAAUCAUUGCAAAUCCCCCAGCAUAUGGGCAUACUCAUGUGGCGGAGGCACUAAAAAUACCUCUUCAUAUAUUUUUUACGAUGCCAUGGACGCCAACUAGUGAAUUUCCACAUCCUCUGUCCCGCGUCAAGCAAUCAACUGGAUAUAGGCUUUCAUACCAAAUUGUUGACUCCUUAAUUUGGCUUGGUAUACGAGACAUGAUUAAUGAUGUUCGGAAGAAAAAAUUGAAACUAAGACCUGUCACAUAUUUAAGUGGUUCACAAGGCUCUGAUUCUGAUGUGCCACAUGGAUAUAUAUGGAGUCCCCAUCUUGUUCCUAAACCAAAAGAUUGGGGACCUAAGGUUGAUGUGGUGGGAUUUUGCUUCCUUGAUCUUGCAUCAAAUUAUGAACCUCCAGAACUACUUGUGAAGUGGCUUGAAGCUGGUGACAAGCCUAUAUAUAUUGGUUUUGGUAGCCUGCCUGUUCAAGAGCCACAAAAAAUGACCCAAAUAAUUGUGGAAGCAUUGGAAAAGACAGGGCAAAGGGGCAUCAUCAACAAAGGCUGGGGUGGCCUUGGAAACUUGGCUGAACCAAAGGACUUCAUAUACUUAUUGGACAACUGCCCUCAUGACUGGCUGUUUUUACAAUGCAAGGCUGUGGUGCAUCAUGGAGGUGCUGGAACAACAGCUGCUGGUCUAAAAGCUGCAGUAAUUGUUUUAUAACCUAAUUUAUUGUUGAGUGCUUUCAGCUC